AUGUUAAACGGCCACACAUCAUUUGCCGAAGGUCGUCGGUAUGUAACAAUAAUGAAAAUAGUUACAUGUGACGUUACUAACAACGUGGUUGAGAAGACUGAGGAUUUGGAUAAUUUGGCUAAUGAUUUAGGGCACAUUCUGUCUGAUAGUUUGCGACAUGUAGAUGGCGAUUUCAAUUAUGAGUUGUCUUUCACUGCUUUAUCUGAUCUCGAUACUCGAUUCAUGCUGAUGCUCGACAAGAGUAUGAUGCCUCAGUCCAACACAGACCAUUUUAGACCUGUUAAGAAUGCCUGGGUGAAGUUUGCCGCAAUGGCCUCUGCAUACGUCUACAAAAAUGUUGGUCAAUCUGUUUCCAAACCUCUUCAAAAAUGGCUGGCGAAUGCUGCCAGUGCUGCAAUUCUCGCUGGACUACUUGCAGAAGUGUCUGAGUCAUGCGAUUCAGAUGAACGAACUAGUUCUGAUGGAGAGACAUCUGUCGAAAAUAUCUCCACACCUGACAGAGUAGUGGAGAAUAUUCAGGAUGGUGCCUGGUACUAUGGCCGUUGGACCGUUGACAAUGUUGCAAGCGGUGGUGAAAUGGUGGAUGUGAUCGAUGCUGAAAUGACAGAUGCAUGUAUUCGAGUGAUGAUUGCUGCUGUUGUUAAUUAUCUCCAGGAGAACAGAUUUGCUCCGUGUGGUUUGUUGAGAGACAGUUAUGCAAGUGCGAUACUGAGAAGUGAUCUAAUGGAUAAGUAUGGAUUAUCAGACGAACAUGAUAAAAUUGAAGCGAUGCGUAUUACUGGUAGUUGGGUCUCGAAACUGUAUGUGUUUCACAUGGCGACGAAGCAUCGUGAUUUGGAACAUCCAAUCAGACCUAUAAAUAAUGUUGGUUUGGUGCGUCCUCUGAAACUAGAUAUCAAACAGUGUUUCGAGGACUUGACAGCUAGAUUUAUCCGUACACGAAUCGCACAUCAGAUUGCCAGUCGAAUGGUGCGAUCUGUGUGCAUAGUGUUUUUCGAAGAUUUGAAUGAAUUGAUUGAGUUGCGGAAGCUGUAUCGUCAAAUAUCCAGUGAUCCAUUUUAUUAUCACACUGACUGUGAAUAUUUGACGAAUUCAUCUCGACCGUCAGUCAGUGACAAGAUGAGUAGUAUAUUUGGUCGAUUGGUCACCUAUUUGAGUGUUUUUGAGCCGAAUAGUGAACUGUUUGAUUAUCCGCAGUUGAAGAUGAAUGGUAGAACUCGAGAACAACACUAUGUUGAUUACAGUGAGAACUGGAAGAAGGUACUGGAGACGAUUUAUACAGACUUGUGUAUGUCGAAGCAAAUUGUAGAUGGGAUUCGGCGAAAUGAAAAACUUUUGAGAGAAUGUUGGAAUGAAUAUGGUAUCGAGUCAAAUAUAUCGGAUUUUAUUUUCCGAUAUUCACUUAAUCGUUAGAUAUUUUGUUUGUUCAUUGACAUCUCAAGAUUAAAAUUUUGUUAUUAACAAAUUGCAAUAUUAUUCUUCUUAUUCAUAAAA